AUGGCCAUGAGCUUGAGUCAUUGGUGUUCGGAGGUGCGACCUGAGAUUUUACAGCUCUUGACUGCGGAAGGGGUGGAGACGCCUUCGGAUGUUGUGGGUAUCUGGCCCGAUUUGCACAGCUUCGUGUCAGAGCUACAUAAUAUUCCUGAAGCUUCCCCUGACCUGGUUAUGGAAGCAGCGGCUUUCUAUUCAAGAGCGCGUCGCCUAGCCUCCAGGGCGGUUGCUGACAGGGCGCAGGAUAUCAUCGCUGUGCGUGACUCCAACUUCCUGCAAAGGCAGACCAGGGUUGCGCCUUAUGCUGCAGCUGUCAGUGACAAGUGUAGUCAGGCGAAGUUGAAGAUCAUGUGGCGUCAGUCGGCUGCGGAUGUUAAGCCACAGGCGGCGGCAGGCAGUACCUCAUUGCCUGUUCAUGUACCUGAAUUGAAAGACAGCAAGCUUCAAGGGUUAUUUUCGUUACUUGUGAAGCACGUUUUGGAUUUAUCCAGCCUGGGCAUACCGCCGGCCGAGCAGCAUAGCCAGCAAUCUUGCCAACUGAUUAUGAAAGGGGCAUCGAGUGCAUCCGCAGCAUAUAUUGCUACAGCCACCUCGAGCCUUCGCAGGUGGAUCAGGUUUGCCAGUGAGAGACAACUGUCAGUGGUCGCACCAGCACCCGCAGAGCUUGCAGCGUUCUUUCGGGAGGUAGCUCUGGGCGGUCCCACUGCAGCUGCAUCCGUUUAUCAGAGUUUGUCUUGGCUAGAUAAGAAGUUCGGUAUUGGAUGGCCUCUUCAACACUUCUUGGUUUGCUCGUACAAGUUGUUGAGUUCCGGACAUGCAUCCAAACAGGCGAAGGAGCUCGAACCAUGGGAAUUCCUCAACUUGGUCAUGCUUGCAGAGGAGCUGACAGAUUCGCACAUGUGCAGCGAUCGAGACUUAUUGCAGUGCAUGCGGGGUGGCUCGAAUAUGAAUGCAGCAUGGGCAAAUCUCGCCAAGGCUGUGGGAUCGUGGACGGAGAAUGUCCAGGGCUCCAAGGCGCCGACCAAUAAAAUCACCAUGGCCGUGCACUAUGCAGGUGUCGUCGACUGCGCGGAUUUAGAGUGGUUCCAGCAACGAGACAAGGUCGUUUGUUUGCUGGCAGAGAUCGCCAAGCUUCAGCCGGCCCAGGUCUAUGACGGCAUGUUCGAAGGAGUGUCGGCCAUUAGUGGACCUCCUGACCAGUCUCAAGUAUGCUACGACGGAGUUGUGCACUCCCAUUGCGCUGGUCUUACGUGCGACCAUAAGGCACGACCGUAUGCAGUUUUGGCGGCUCAAUCGGCUCUUGGCCUGGGGGAGUUUCCGGAAUCUUGGGCCACAAGCUUCAUCAACCACUUCAAGCUCGAGACGCUUGAUGACUUCAUUUACAUGAUUGAUCGAGUCAAGUGGCAAGAGGAAAUCAAGGCUCUCCUUAACGAAGUACCCCCCCUGAAAGAUAGCAGGCUAAUCCUCGCAAGAUUCCGCGGAGCGUUCGAGAGCGGUUUGAAGGCCAUGGAGAUGUCACAGUCCCCGGCGGCCAAGGUGGACGAUUACGAUGAUCCGCUGCCCGAGCAGCAACAAGCACAGUUGCAGCGGGACUGGCAGCAGGCAUACGGGAUUGCAAUCGAACCACAUCUGGAAACCAGCGGACUCCCUCAGAGCAAGGAUUUUCAGGGAAUUCAGACGCAAGAGCCUCACGGUCUUGGAGAUCAAGAAGAUCAAGAGUGUGUUGUCCAGUAC